UUACUAAUAUUAUGUUCUCCGACCAGAGUUCGAUCGACUAAAAGAGCGGUGAAGAUAAAUCAAUUAAAGCGGCGGCUCUGUCCGUCGCUGUCGUCCUGAUCAUCCGUGACGAUAGCAAGUGCCGUCUGAGCUCUUUCUUUUUUUUUUCUUUUUUUUCCCCGGCAAUGGAUUCUGCCAAAUGAAAUCCACUUAACUCUCCAAUUUUUAAACGAACACAGAAUCUAUAUCCAAUGAUUUACUCUCGUUUCAUCUCUAUCCUUGGAUCUUGCAAAACGACAGACCACUUCAAGCAGGUACAUUCCCAAACCAUUACGAGAGGUCUAUCACCAAACCCAACCGUGCAAAAGAAGCUCUUACUCUUCUGGUGUACUCGUCUAGGUGGCCACAUGAGUUACGCCUGUAAGCUGUUUGUGAAAAUACCUGAACCAGACGUGGUUGUGUGGAACAAUAUGAUCAAGGGAUGGUCAAGGGUAGAGGAUUGUGGUGGGCAAGGAGUUAGAUUGUAUUUGAAUAUGUUGAAGGAAGGUGUGACUCCGGAUAGCCACACGUUUCCUUUCUUGUUGAACAGUCUUAAGCGAGAUGGAGCGUUGGCUUGUGGUAAGAAGCUGCAUUGCCAUGUUGCGAAAUUUGGAUUAGGUUCCAAUAACCUUUAUGUGCAGAAUGGUCUUGUUCAAAUGUACUCUUUUUGUGGACUAAUGGAUAUGGCUCGUGGGGUUUUCGACAGGAGAUGCAAAGAGGAUGUCUUUUCUUGGAACUUGAUGAUCUCUGGGUAUAAUAGGAUGAGGCAAUACGAAGAAAGCAUGGAACUUUUUGCUGAGAUGGAGAGGAACUUUGUUUUUCCAACUUCUGUUACCUUACUUCUUGUUCUCUCGGCUUGUUCCAAGGUAAAAGAUAAGGAUCUCUGUAAAAGGGUUCAUGGGUAUGUUAGUGAAUGUAUGAAGGAACCUAGUUUGAAAUUGGAGAAUGCUCUUGUUAAUGCAUGUGCUGCUUGCGGGGAAAUGGAUACAGCGGUAAGGAUUUUCAGGAGUAUGAAGACUAGGGAUGUGAUUUCUUGGACAUCUAUUGUGAAAGGGUUUGUUGAGUCAGGGAAUCUAGAGUUAGCUAGAACAUAUUUUGAUCAGAUGCCAGUGAGAGACAGAGUCUCGUGGACUAUUAUGAUUGAUGGUUACCUACGAGCUGAUUGCUUCAAUGAAUCUCUGGAAAUGUUCCGCGAGAUGCAAUGUGCAGGUAUGAUACCCGAUGAGUUUACCAUGGUUAGUGUUCUCACAGCUUGUGCUCAUCUAGGUUCCUUGGAGAUUGGUGAAUGGGUGAAGACGUACAUAGACAAAAACAAGAUCAAGAACGAUGUUGUUGUAGGGAAUGCUUUGAUCGAUAUGUAUUUCAAAUGUGGGUGUUCUGAGAAAGCUCAGAAUGUUUUCAGUGACAUGGAUCAGAGAGACAAAUUCACAUGGACAGCCAUGGUUGUUGGUCUUGCCAACAAUGGACAAGGUCAAGAGGCCAUUGAAGUUUUCUUACAAAUGCAAGAAAUGUCAAUACAACCAGAUGCUAUUACUUACCUUGGCGUCCUCUCUGCUUGUAACCAUAGUGGUAUGGUAGACCAAGCAAGAAAAAUUUUCGCCAAGAUGAGAAGCGACCAUAAUAUUGAGCCGAGUUUAGCACAUUAUGGAUGUAUGGUUGACCUAAUUGGUCGAGCUGGGCUAGUCAAGGAAGCAUAUGUGAUAAUAAGGAACAUGCCAAUGAAUCCAAACUCGAUUGUGUGGGGAGCUCUACUUGGUGCUUGUAGACUUCAUAAUGAUGAACCAAUGGCUGAAUUGGCAGCUAAGAAAAUUCUUGAGUUGGAACCUGAUAAUGGGGCUGUUUACGCUUUACUAUGCAAUAUAUAUGCAGGUUGCGAAAGAUGGGAGGAUUUGGGAGAAGUUAGAAGAAAGAUGAUAGACAUCACAGUUAAGAAGACACCAGGCUUCAGUUUAAUCGACGUAAACGGGUUUGCUCACGAAUUUGUUGCUGGAGACAAGUCACAUCUUCAAUCUGAAGAGAUUUACUUGAAACUAGAAGAAUUAACCCAAGAGUCGACAUUUGCAGCAUACUUGCCUGAUACUUCCGAAUCAUUGUUCGAGGCUGGGUAAGAUCAUUUUUCAUAAAGAAUUUAGCUUUGGCUUUUUGAGGUCAUUGCUUCUGAAGCCAGAGAUACACUGUUCUUCAGGAUUAUAUAGAACCCUGAGAUGUGAACAGAACUGUCAGAGUAGAAGUUGUUGCUUAUGCAGUGGAUAAGAGACGACACAUGGUUCAGUUAAUUGUUCACAAAUGUACUCAACACAACCUUCGGUUAGAGCCUGGAUCCAGUAUGGGAAGCCUAACAGUGCCACUAAUAGAUUUAUCUGACUGUCGGGACAGCCAGGAACAGAGAACUGGAAGAACACAGUCAAGUAAGCACCUUGCAGACUAACCCCAUAGAAAACAUAAUCUGAUUUCGCGAAGUGGCAAUAUUUUGUAAUGUGCUUGACCUCACAUGUACAAACUGAGCAUCACCUGUAGCACUGCAAGUUCAGACCGGGUCUGAGCCAAGUUCUGAUCCUCGACAGGAGCCUGAGAUGUCUGACCAAUAACCAAAAGGCUUCUGGAACUCAAAGCCAAGCCUAUUCAAGUUUGCACCUGAAGAUCACCAUACUUGCUUAUCAAGACAUUCAGAACAUCCCCAACAUGGUUCAUAUGAUCCACACAAAGUUCUGUAGCUGAGUGGGGUCUGGCACUUGAUUUUACAUGAAGACAAGCUCCGGCUAUAACGAGGAAAGAAGAGUCUUGAGAUGGCUUAGCUUUGAUCCACUCUUCACCGUCUUUGGUUUUGAUCUCCAAGCCAUUCACUACAUCGUUCUGGCAAAGUAUGGUGAGGAAUUGUCUAUCGAUAUGAGAGUCAAGUCCUAGCUGAUCUUCUUCAGUGUUAUUGUCAAUUCCUUUGUAUUUAAAUAAAUGAAAGUGGUUCUUCGAUAAAUUAAGAUGCGCCUCCACGUAUUUCUCGG